UGUGUUUCAACUAAAAACAUGCUUUGAAUUUAGCCAAUUUUAGAUGUUUGAUUCUCAAUUUGAAAGUGUGCAAAUACAGGCAGUUUGAUAAUGGCUUCAGAAAACGUUUUGUCUCAUUACUGGGGCCUCGCAUCGACAAAUGAAGACGAAAGGUUGAAAUCUGGUUUUGGUCUCGUGAAUUCGUUGAUAGAGUCUCAGAAUGAACAUAUUAAACAGGGAAACAGUUCAGAGARAUUGUGUACUGACUUGGAAUACAGUCUGAAGCGACUGUCAAAAGGUCUAGCUUCAUCAAGAAAGGGAGCCAGACAGGGGUUUGCUACAGUGUUAACAGAAGUUAUACGACAGUUUGAUAGUGUAAAAACUGAACAUAUGAUGGCAUUAUUGGAGAAAAAUCUACAGGUUACAGGAAAUGCUAAGAGUCAGGAGGAAAGGGAUGCUUAUAUUGGCCACAUUUUUGGUUUGAUGGCCAUAGUAAAAUCAUAUUGCUUGACUGAAAGCACCAAGCCAAGUGAAUGUGCAUGGCUUGCUGAUGUAGUAACAACUUUGAAACGCUUAAGUGAUAAAAAAAGCUAUAUCAAGGAGCUAUGUAUAAAAUCUAUUGUUGAUAUAAUCUCUAUGGUUUCCUUUGAAGUAUUCAAGGAAUAUAUUCUUCCUUCUGUAAAUGAUGAUAUCUUCAAUGGUUGGACAAAAGCAACACCAGACUCAUUAUUUCUGGCUUUAUAUGUACAAAGAAAAUUUGGAAAACAUUUUGAGAAAAAAGAAUUCAAAAAAGCUUGGAAUACWUCAAAUAUCUUAGAUGCACAAAACUUUUCUAAAAUGCCAAGUAUAUUACAGGAGACUACCAAUGUUCACCCCAAUGUUCAUUGUGUAUGGGAUGAACUUUUAUUACAAAUAUACCAACAAGAGCAAAAUUUAGAUUUCAAGCAAUUUUGGAGUAUAGUUAUCGAUGAUGGAUUAUUUAUAUCAAGUCAUGGGAAAAAGUAUCUUGGUUUUUCCUUAAUUGCUAAGAUUUUACCUAAGCUAAAGGAAAAUCAGGUUCCUUUUGUGUUUAGUAAAAAUAUUGUAAAAUCUCUGAUAAACAACCUUUCUUCAAGUCAAAAUUAUCUGCACAGUGCUGCCAAACACCUGGCCUCUGCUAUGCCUAGUGGGCUGAGUCAGAAUGAAGAUCACAAUGUCACAGCCUGUGUUGUUCAACAGCUUCUUGGAAAACAAGGAAACAUACAGUUUGAUAAAUUAACAAAAACAAAGACAAUAGAGCUYCUUCUUGGAAAGUUACAAGGAUCYGGAUUGGAGAGAAUUGUCAUGUGGUUGAUUGAUUGCUUCAAGGCAGGCUGCACCAAUGCUUCAGAUGACGAGAGGCCAUCAGAAAGAGAAGUGGAUUURAUUAGGCUUUCAAUAUUGAACCAGGUCCUCUCACUUGGCAAGAAUAAAAAUUUGUGCCAGUCAGGAGAGUGGAUGAAAAAYUUYUUGUUCUUUCUUAUUGAAACCACAUACUUUGAGAAGUCCAAAGAAAAAGAAAAACUAGRGUUUCCUCUUUCUAAGCAAGUCAAAGAUGUCAGCGAACAGCGCCUGUUAAGUUUUAUUAGAGAACUUGGUUCGCAUAGUGGACAGGACAGAGGCAAAAAGGUUAGCAAAACUGAUGAGGAGCAGGCAUGGAUGUUUACUAURCUAAAACAUAUUAAGAAACUGUUGGAGUCUGAUGGUUAUGUAGUUUCCACAUCCAAUUGGUCAGACAAGACCCAGAAAUCGUUUGACAGUGCUAUGAAAAUGGUYACAAAAAUUUACAAAAAGCACAAGGAUGGCACUAGCACUGCAGAAGAUGAAGCAUUUGAACUUCUCCUAUCCCAUYUGGCAUUGCAACUAUUCAUGGAUCCAGAACAAGCAGSAGAAAUCCUUGAUGAAGUCAAGUCUUGCUAUAAAAACAGACAAAACAAAGAGAAAGGUGUAGAUACAGAUGAGCCACACUGGGUUGAAGUGCUGACAGAAAUUCUUCUUAGUCUCCUAACACGACCAUCAAACCUAUUGCGACACGUUGUUGAUGAAGUAUUUACAGCAAUUGKGCCGCAUCUUAGUAAAGAUGCUCUGGGUGUUAUCAUACAGGCAGUAGAUCCCAGGAAUCUUGGUGAAGGUGGUGAGAACCUUUUAGAGGUUGAAGAUGGAUCAGAUGAAGAAAUGGAGAGUGAAGACGACGAAGAGACAAAUGAAAAACCUAAUGGAACUGGAGCAAGUCAAGAUGAUGAUGGUGAUGACAAUGAAAGCGAUGAUGACGAUGAGUCUGAUGAUGAUGAUAAUAAUGAUGUUGAUGAGGCAUUUAGAGCUGAGGUCAAGGCUGCACUUGGAGAUGCUGCUGUUAAUGAGGAUGAUGAGGAAAGUGAAGAAGAUGAUUUGGAUGAUGAAGCAAUGCAGAGGUUUGAUGAGGCACUUGCUGCAGUUUUCAGAACMAAAGCAAAGGGAACCCAAGAAAAAAAGAACAAGAAAGAUAAAUCCAAGGCCAUUUUACAUUUUAAGUUAAGGGUUCUGGACAUCAUCGAAAUAUUUAUCAAAAAACAGCAAACAAAUCCACUCAUUUUGAAUUUGAUUGAACCAUUGUUAUCACUGGUCUGGUCCACAAUUAACUCCAAAGAUUAUGGAACACUAGGUGAACGGGCUCAAGGCAUCUUCAAAAACAAAUUGUGUGCUUUGAAAGAGCAACCUGCUGUAAAAGAUAUUGAUAGUGAAGAGGUUCAUAGCCUUCUUCAAAGUCUACUUCAAAAAUCUAUGUCAGCUCCAUCUCUAAAUAUUGUGACACUGAUUACAAAAGGCUGCAUGCUUCUGAUCAGAGUGUUGAAAGGAAAACCARCACAAACUCAACAACAAACACCAUCUAAGAAACGCAAGAAAAUAAUUGUCAAAGAAGAAGAUGCUGUUGGUCUUGUAGAUGUUGCUAGAGUUGCUGAUAUGUUUAAAGUGGCACUGAAGGAUUUUAUGGAAAAAAGGACAACACAUCUUCACCCAGUUUUGUUUACAGAACUCAUAAACAGAUAUCAAUUUCUUGCCUGGGAAUUUGCACCAGAAUUGGUGAGAGGAAUAAGUCAUGCUGUCAAUAAUUUUAGAAAGAUGCAAGCUUGUUUGAUGUUAACAAAACUUUUAUCACAUAAAUGUCCACAAUAUAAAACUCACAUCACUGAUCUAUCCCCUGCACUGCAAGAGACUCUUCAGUUGAUUCUUGAAGACAGCUCAAAAGAAAGCACAAGCAUGAAAGCAAAACAUUUCAAAGAGGUGAUAAAAUUGAUGAGCAAAUUCAUCAAGGAAGCUGAAAGUCUUCAGUUAGAACAGAUCAUUCAAAAGGAAUCACUUGUCAAGUCUUUACAAAAAUCCCUUGAUGGACCUCUGGCCAAAAGGUCUCAAGACAUUAAGUCUUGUUGCAGYAAAAUGAUUGUAGCCCUUGAUAGUUCUGCGGAUCCUGAUACAAAACCAUCGAAAAGCAAAAAGCAGAAAUUAGAGCCAAACGGACAUGGUGUGCAACCUCCAGACCAAACAAAGGCCAAGGUAAAGAAAAAGAAAAAAGGGAAACAAACUGAAGACUAAAAAUCUCAAUUUUAUACAGAGUACAGUACUGCCUCUAUAAGCAGCCAUCGGUGAUCACUUAAAUAGAGGCACCACUUAGUACUUGAUGUAAACUAGAAACGAUUUAUCAAUUUUAUCUUAUUUUUAUUACCAUCUAUAAAAUAACAUCAUAUGAAAUCAAAUUUGUAGGAAAAACAAUAUGUCAAUUUAUAAUUUAUUCACAAAGAACAAUAAUAUUUUUUACAAUUGUUUAUCUGCAGUAUGGUAUUGCUGACAGAGUAGAAUUUAACCUUUUAGCUGUAGCACAGUUAUCAUAUAAAGAAAUAAAUGCCCAGGCUGUCUGUAAAAAAGA